GCGCGUGCUUUCGACCGACCUCCAGAUGACGAGUGAAGUGUUCAUACGCGUAUCGAAGGCAUCUGCUGCAUUUGGACAACUGUAUAAACCAAUGUGAACCAACCACCAUUUGACCGUUGGGACGAAGCUGUCGGUGCCUCAGUCAGUGGUGCUGUCCACCUUUCUUUACGACAACGAAACCUUGACGUUGUAUCGGAAGGACAUCCCGUAUUUGGAGCGAAUCCAUCAUCAAUACCCAUGUCUGAUUCUGCGCUUCGGUUGGUGCGACAAUGUUGCAGACACUGAAGUGCUGCACUGCGGUGGCAUGUAUGGAGUGAGCUGACUUGGCUUCUUGCCUUGGCGAAACUCCGGUCUCUCUAUCCGAUUGCCUGUUGGACCCUAACAUUGAACUUCCGGCGAUCACGGUGUGCGAAGUUGACGAAGUACUCGGCAACAUCGCGUCGUCCGGCCUUUCCUCUCUUAGCACUAGAUUCACUACCUUCGGAGUGCGAUCUGUUUUGCGCGGCGAGGGUUUCAACUUAUCGAAGCCUAACUGUGUUCCUCCUGACAGUUUCAAGAAUUCUUCUAAUGGUAGCGUGAACUCCGCGGCUUCUUUUUGUCCUUCCGGUAUGCAAUCACGUCUCUUUCCUCAGCCCCCUCAAAGACAAGUGCAAUGCUGCUAUUCUGCCAGUUCAGUCAGCAGCUCCACCGCCUCGAGCAAACUAAUUUCGGUACAACUUGCACAACCAGUCGAAAAUGGUUUACUCUACCAUACCGGGGAAACUUUCGAACUUCCUUCGCACACUUCGCAUCGUUGUUCCCAAACGAAAAGCAAUUUUGCUAAAGAGAGGGUUCAUUUUUCUACCCCGGAAUCUUGUUCUUCUCAGAGCCCUGUCCCAAGUGAUUCUUCACUUCAACCACCUUUAUUCUCUUCGCUGACUUCGGACAUUUCAUCACCCGGCCAUCAAGUUGCAGAUGGUUGUGGGGAGACAAAUUGCAGUUCCCACGUUUCUGGUUCCGUUGAAAUUGAGACGUCAUGUGCACUUGACGAUUUGCCUCCAUCAGCAGUUACUUUCCCGUCGGUUGAUAAUCUUGAGUUGGUGAACGACUGUCCCACUGUUUUACCCCCCGUAACUAGAAGUCCAGUGUAUUCUUCGAAAGUGAUGAAAUGUGGCCUUACUUCGGAACCAGUAAAGCACGACAGUUGGUUGACUUCCGGACAAAUCAGCACUAGCAUUUCAACCUCACAUGUUCCAUUGGAGGCUGCUACUGAAGAUGCAUUUGAGAAAGUUUUAUUGUCCUCUUGGAACAACACCGGACGGGAUGCACGUGUGCCAGAUGCGGUUCAUUUGAGCUCUGAUGAACGUUUCAAAUACACGUGUCCAUAUCCUCACUGCGGUCGUCACUAUCAAGCUGAGCGUAGUUUGCUUCGUCACCUCUCAAGGUAUCACAGGGACUCUGUUAAUUACCCAUCGGAAACGCGUCACACUCGGACCAGAUCUAUCUAUCGUAGGUCGGCGUCGGAAGAACGUCCAGUUACCCAAUGCUUCAACAGAUCACUCUGCCACCCAAAUGAAACGGUAAUCGAGAUCGGUUCUAGAUGUCCGCUUGUAUACAAGGGAUCAAUUUGCCGCAACAUCUCCAUCGAUUUACCAAAUACAUUGGAUCGAUUCUCUGCUGGCGUGUCAUGUUCGGGCGAAGAGCAUGAUCCUCGGAAUCGGAUUUCUCCACAACCCGUGGAGUCACGUCACCGGGUUGGACCUGGCCAAGCUUAUGACCUGGCUGCUCAUGGUAACUCCCCGCCCCAUAGUGGCAAUGAGCCUACUGGAGUUUCUGGGGAGGUUACUGCCGCGCACCAAAUUUUACCUUUGUUCUUGAACUCGGAUCACCUGUCAUACACAAAGCCAAUGGUUGACUGUAUCUCACCUGUUCGUUUAAGUGUUCCUGACACUCAGAUCAGGCAGUCUCGCGUGCGUUCGGCUAGCGGCUUCUCCGAGGAUCGCCCCAACCGUGUGAUUUCGCCCAUUGGUAGUCGGCGUCCGUACAUGAGUACUUCCAUGAGUGUCAGCAGUAGUUACACGGGAAUGUUUACCAGUCCAAACAGUGGUGCGUGUGCCGCUGAUUCGGAAAAUCGCCCAGAUUCUGGUCGUCGACGCACGGUAAGUACCGGUGCUCAGCCGGUCGGAUCUAGCUCUCCAAACGACUUGGCCGUUGAAAAUUCAACAAACCGAUCGACCUGUCCUAGUUGUGGAUUCGGUCUAGCCGAAAGUGAAUUGAAGCGUCGUGAAUGGAUGAGCGGAAUUCAUGCUCUCACGUACUCGAAAACUGACUCUAUUUGUUGUCCGAUUGAUGGGUGCGUCCGCGUUUGUCAUGGACGUGCUGAUUUAUCUGCCCAUCUAACCAGCAGCCACUUUCCUGAAGUGAAAAACCAACUAGUCCGUCUCAUAUUCGCUUGCCCUGUCAAGGAUUGUCACAUGGUGUGCUCAGACGAGAAAAACUUCCAGGCACAUUUCAAUCGGCACCUGUUCGGCUACUUACCAGGGGAUUUGACUGAACUCUUCCCGCUGUCGUUCGUCCCUUCUUGUCUUACCGAUGAAUCCAAAUCUCGGUUUUCUGACGAUGCUUCUCCUGUUAAAGCCAACGCCACAGUUCAUGAGCCUCCAUCACAGUUGCAGAUUGAAAAUCUAUCUGACCCCGCGUUACUUAAAUGCCAGCCAAAUGAUUCGCCUUUAUCCACCUCUAAAAUUCUCUCAACCUUAGCGGAGGACAGUCUGGUACCUCAACUCGUUACAUUUGGUAAUUGUGUGCCAGAUAUUGAUUGUGUACAGCAGCUACGACCUCAGCAUCACGCUUUACUCCAUUCUAUGAGCUCCUCGAUGCCAAAUGUGCUUGUCUCGACUGAUCCUUCUUCAUUUGUUGAGUGCACUGAAGUUGCUCGACAAUGCGCCCCGAUUCAGGAACCUCCCAACCAUGUUCAACCUAUCAGCACUGAUACCAUACUCGAGGCACCCAGGAAUCGAACCAAGUCUGGAGAAUUGUCCGAUCUGGGUCUGGUUUCCACACCCGCAACACCCGUCGAUACAGCGCACAUGGAUCUAACAGACCAUCGUAAUCUACUGUCCGCAUUGGACCUGAUUCCUGAUGACCUUCUUAUGGAGUUAUUGAAAGAGGAUAGACCCGGUCUUUGGGGGGGAGGAUGCGUCAACAACCCUCCGAAUUAUUCUGCCCCACACGUCUAUGAGUCGUCUGAUUUCACUCCACCGGACUUCUCGUUCCAUAAUUCAGGUGAACCCACCGGGUGUUUCAAUUCCGCGCUGGCUCACGAGUGCAUGUAUAUAGGGUCCUUGGAAGACCACCCUGAUCCGGCCCAUGUUACCGAUGAACAUUUCACAUCCAUGCAGUCGCAUAGCUAUGAACCUUAUCGGUCAUCGGGGCAUACAUUAUCAGAUGCUCAUUCGCCAGCUCCUAGCUUUACUAGCUGGGUUCCCUCUCCUGUUGUGCAUCAGACCUGGUCUCUGGCAGUAGCCAAUGAGCGCUCCGUGGAUUCAACAUCUCCUGGUGAAUCUGCAGACUAUGCACACGACUGUCCUCUCCAUGUGUUAUCUGACUUAACUGCUGCAUUAAUAUUACCUGAUGUUGAGCGACGUCUGAAAGCAUCCAUUUCCGCUAAGAGAUGGACAAACGUGGCCACCGCGCCUGCUACAACGCCACGAUCGAACUAUUCAGAUACGUCAGGCUCGGCGGUCCAGCAUGAUUCUCAGACUGUUCGCCACACUUACUGCUCUCAAAAGCGCAGACGCAAUGCUUCCGAAUCCUCGACAAACGCGUUACCUUGUGGUUCUUCACCAUCAAAGUUCCAAUCUGUUCAGUUUUCUGUCAGUACGCCGUCGAAAUCUAUGAAGCAUCUUCAUUCGGAUGUUGAUUGCGAUUACCGAAGGGACGACCUGGUGAGAGCAGAUGAGAACAGCCUCGAUUUAUCUCAGGAGCCAGUUUUUGACAAAGAGGGGCUACAGUCGGAUUCAGUAGCGCCUUCCUCUGAACUAAGUUCUUGCAGCGCCGUUCUCUCUGACUCACACCACGCUUCUGCCUCUUGUGACGCUGAAUGCCUCCUUGGUCGCAACGCCCAACUUUUCCAUGCAGAAUACCUCUCUUCGCAUCUCGUCGACGCUACGACCUGCCUUUCUCCCAAGCGCAUGGAACAGGAGCCAAGGAAAAGGCAACGGGGAUUAAUCAAAGUCAUGAGGGUUACUUCUGAGUCCUUACCAGUAUGCCCAUUGUCUCAUAACGUUUCAGAUCACCCUAUUUCCAUGUCUAUGACUUCAUUACCCCGUGUACACUCCAUUGUCCGCUGCAGUGUGCUUCACUCACCUCGGUAACUAUGUUGAACAAUGUCGUUGGGGGUCCCCCUUGCAUCUUGAACGCAUAAAUAUUAUGUUUCCUACAUCCUCUGGCUUCCGGUGCCAAUGAUGUUGCUUGAUUUUUCCGCUAGUCCGCUUUAUGCUUAUCCUCUGCCGGGUGAUGCUCGACAUCAUCCUUACCCCGGUUUCCACAGCCCUUAGAUCUUUCGGAAUUUCAAUAUUUACUCGCCUGUUGAACCUCUUACCGCUAUUUGUUGUGUAAGCUGCUGAAUCUGUUGCGCCUAUUUAAUGUCACCUUUCAGUGUACACACAGUUGUGCUCUUCUCAUCUCUACGCUCACUGCGUUCUGCUGUCAUGGCUUAGUUUUUCGCAACAUCAUCAACCGCCUGAAAUUUUUCUGUUAUUUAUCUGCAUUUGCUCUUUUCACUUCUACCUCACUCUGGUAUACAAACUAAAGUAUAUCCUUUCGAUUGUUUCCCCUAAUUUGCUAGUUUUUACACCGUUCGAAAGAAUCAAAACCAUUCAGUUUGGACAUUAUGUCGUAUUCGUGGACCAUUCUUCAGCUGCUCCCACUGAUCAUCUUUUAGUCACAAUUACCUAGGAAAUACGUCUUCCCCCUUCCCCCAUUCUUCGCAUAGAUUGGUACUCGUCGAAUACAUCUUUGCUCUCUUAGCCUGAAUUCAUCGUGUACCACUAAAGCUUCUGAUUACUUGGAAUAGAAAAAUCCAACACCCGCACCUCUCGUUUGCAAACAUUUGGGGUCCUAAAAAUUACCCAACAAUUUUUACUUCGUUUCUUACGAGUGAAUCUUAUUUGUUUCUUCACCUUGCUAACACGUCAUACGGGUUAAUUUUCAACCUCUUAUGUUUUUUCGUCAGUGCAUUUUAAGGUAAACGUCUUUUCAAUGUAAUUACUUCGAAGAAAUGAAGCGCCCGUUUUUUAAGUUUU